AUGUUUAUCAAACCUGCUUUUCGUUUGUUUUCAACAAGCACUGUUUCUUUUUCCGAUUCAGAAAUUCUGCGCACUCUGCAACCUCCUCGCGUAAAGACUAUAUGGAACUUGUUGAUGCAUAGGACCAAAGGUCAACGCGGUGUCACCGAUCGCUGGGAUCAAAUUCGCGACGUGUACUCCAAGCUGGCCCCUGAAGAGGUGAAUAAAUUCAAGCAAGAGUUCGAAAGCGAGUACGCUGCGAAAAAGAAAGAGUAUAACGAUCACCUUCGUCAGUUCUCUCUUGCUCAAAUUCGAGAGGAAAACCGUCGUCGUAUGAAAGAGUUGAAGCCCUUGGGUGUCAACUUGCAAAAGCUUCGUCAUCCCGACCUUCCCAAGCGUCCUGCCGGUGCCUUCAACCUCUUUUUGUUGGAAAUUAUGAACAACGAAUCUCUCCGUAAAGAGAUGGGUGUCCCUGCCCUCAGUCCUUACUUGACCGAAAACAGCCGUAUGGUUAGUGAAGCUUGGAAAAAGCUUACUGAACAGAAAAAACAACAAUACGUCGCAAAGGCCAAGGAUGCCCUCAACGAAUACCACGAAGCUAUAAAGGCUAGUGGCAUUCGUGUCAAGUAA